CAUUCUUGUUUCCGAUCGAAUUGGAUACGUUCGAAAGUAUACCUCGUUUGCAUUCUUGUUUUCGUUCGAACCUAUUCGAAGCAUUCGAUUUUUCGAACAUCACUUUUUUCGAAUGCUUGGAUCAUUCUGGUUUUCGAUCGAACGCGUAUUUUUGUUUACUUUUAAUUCGCUACUCGGUUCUUGCGGAUGCGGAUAACGAAACGCGAGAGUUUUUGCUUUGAAAUACAUUUUUAAUUGUUUUUCUUCAGUUCUACGGUCUGCUGUUACUAUUUUCUGCACCGCAGAAUGUAAGUAUUGAUGGUAUGUAAUUUACCAUUCAGUAUUUUAUUCCUAAAUACGCUUUUCAGGUCAAAACGAUCCAAAGGUAAGAGCACGAACAAAGACCAGUUCUUAAGACUGGUAGAAGAAUUGGAGGAGCAACCAGACAUCGCCAAGGGUUUUGCGCGAUUCGACACCGGUCCUUUUUGGGAGAAUUUGUCGAAGGAAUUGAACAGUCUCGGACCACCAAUAAAAACGUCGGGAGAGUGGAAAAAAGUAUGGGCCGACUGGAAAUCAAACUUAAAACGAAAACUUGCCAACAAUCGGAAGGAACAGCAAGCUACAGGAGGCGGUCCCUGCAAGAUCAUUGAGUUAUCUGCUCUGGAAGAGAGAGUUGUUGAUCUUGCUGGGCUUGUAGCGGCAGUAGAUGGUGUUGAUGAGUCGAUCUCAUUCGGCGCCCCCCUUGAGCCGGACGAAAAUAUGGACCCGGAAGCUGAAGACCAAGUAGACGGAGGCGUUGAUGAAGCAGCGGAUCGCGAAGGCCUGAGGGAACCAGCAAGGCGGAAGAGGCGUGCUCCAGCGAGCUUGGAUCUUCUUGAGUCGCAGGUGAAGCAGCAGAAGAAAUUCCACCACGACGUAGUGGAUGCAUUGCAGUCGCAAUCUAAAAAAAUGGAGGAUCUGGCGUACUACGCCAAACAGGUAUCCAAGCGGAUGCACGAGAUCCAAGCACUGCAAGCCGAACAGCUCAAGGAGCAACGGCGACACAAUCUCGAGAUGGAGAAAAUUUCACUCGAAAAAUUAAAGACUAAACGAGAAAUCCUGGCGCUUCAAUUGGAUCGUUUGUGAAUCACAUUUUCAAAUCUAAUUUUAUGUAUCUACUUACAAUAAAUAAAACUUACUUCUGAAGUUUAUUUGUUUAAUCACAGACAAACAGACGUUUCACUCUACUCACUUCUCAUGAAAAGGGUAAUUCAACGGCGGUUUCGAUCAUGGCGCUCGCAUCGAUUUUGCGCUUGUUUGACGUUUGCUCACUACCGCCACCUACUGAGUGGUUUGCGUAACACAGGUUGGUUAGUAUUGGGCGAUUAUGUUUUCAUGACGAUGAUUUUUAUCGCAAUUUGUUCCAAGUGAUACGUCUGUUUGUCUGUGGUGUUAUCAUUGGUGGCAAUUAUGGUGGAAUCUAUUGUGAUUUUCAUUGGAAUUCUUCCGAGAAAUGCUGCAGGGAUUCCUACGGGAAUUCCUACACGGAUUUCUCCAGGAAUUUCUUCAGGGAUAACUCCAGGAAGACGUCAAGGGAUUCCUUCAGGAAUACUCAAAAAAUUUCUCCAGGAAUUCUUCCGGGGAUUCCUCCAGAAUUUCCUCCAGGGGUUCUUCCAAAAUUUCCUCCAGAGAUUGCUCCAGAAAUUCCUCAAGGGAUUUCUCCAGUAAUUCCUUCAGGGAUUCCUCCAGGAGUUUCUUCAGAAAUUACUCCAGGGAUUGCUUCAAAAAUUCAUCCUAAAAUUCCUCAAAA